ACCAAAUCCAAUCGCCACGCGCUCACAUGAUCACAUCAAACCAUCGGCUGCAUCAACCACAAGCAAAACAAACUUCAGUACACGGAAAUGCAGGGAUUAAACAUCCUUUAGGUCCAUUGCACGGUGCAACAAGUUGAUACAUUUGAGUCCCAUCGCUAUCAAAAUGUCAUAUAGGUCAAGGUGCCACUCAAUGCGUGUCCGUUAUGAACAGCACUACACACCAAUGGAUACAAGAGAGGUGACACUGCAUCGAGUCGUCAAUAUUGUGGAAAGAACAACUCCCAUCCAUUCUUCAGCUGACUAUGACAGACGAUAUGACGAUGACCAGUGGUUUGAGGAUUUCCCAAUCUAUCCUGGCGAAAAUUGUCCCAGGGACUCCGAAUACCCACCAGAUCGAUUCUAUAAUGACUCUGAGUAUGGCACAGGUUUCCGCGGAAAUUCCCCACCCCACCAUCAGGAGCCACACUAUCAACGUCCACGGUAUGGCAGAGACGAUUUGAGGCAUCAGAUACGUUCAAGGAAAAAUGGUCGACCUGGUCCAUAUUCCAAUAGCAGGGGUCGAGGUUACUCUCAAAAUCGAGAGGACCAUAAUCAAUUCAGGCACUCAUCGAACGUAAAAAAUGAGUGGGAGCGCUCAUCUGGGAAAAAGAAAAGCGUGCCACCUGCCAAAAAGAACGCCUCUCCAGAGUUGGACAAAGACUCUUCACACGCGCAGAGUAAGCCUGUUGAUGAUUCGACCCCACCUCCAAGUGUGCCUGCAGAGGACCCUCCAAAGACAUCUACAUUAAUAAAGGAGAAACCCUCUGAUGCUGUCGUGGUGGUGGAAGAUGAGAAAGAGGAGGAGGCAGCAGAAGCCCCUGCUUUCAUGGAGCCCGAUACAAUCCAAGAAGAAGAAUUAAGGGUGCGACGGUCAGAAGCCAUCAAAGCCAAGGCUCUGGAAAUUGAGAAGCAUUACAGACAGGAUUGCGAGACAUUCGUCACGGUGGUGAAAAUGUUGGUGUCCAAGGAACCCACUUUGGAGAAUCUUCUUCAAAAUGCUUUAAAUGCAAACCUGUCAGAGAUGAAGCAGGACUGCUUGGCUUCAUUCAAACACUAUAUCAAAGAACUCAAUGAGGUGUUAUUGGAAGAUAGUUCCACUUAAUUUGGACAAAAUAUUUUUAUUUUUACCAUUGUUCUAGUGAAUAAAAUGUAUUUUUACCUUUUUUUUUUUUUUUUGCAAUUGUUCUUUUAGUCUCUCGUUGCUUUUAUUCUUAUAUAUACUGUAUAUACUACAUGAGCAGCACUUUUCCACUUAACAAAUAUAAUGUUUCUCAGACUUUAUCCAAACAGUUGUACUCAGUGUUAAUUGUUCAGAGAAGUGAAAAUUAUUAUGAUAUCCAAUGUACUGGAAUCAGUAUAUUUUACUAUUAACGGUGUUAGUGUGUUUUAUCGUGACAGUGUUUUGGAUGGUCAGACAAAAGCUAAUGCAAGAGACUUUUCUGAUUCUAAUAUACAGAUUUAUUGUUGUGUAAUUAAUAAACAUUUGGAUGUGC